AUGCAUCUUCUUCUUCCGGCGAAUCUCGUACUGCUGGAAAAUGACUCAGAACAAAAUCCGAUAUCCAAGCAAACGGCGCCGUUCACCGGACCAGGAGACAUUUUUGGCUGCUGCGGCUGCUGCUGUUUGCCGGAGAGCCUCUCGAGCAGAGGCUUCACCUUCUUCAAGUACCUGUGGAUGACGUCCUUCGCGCCGGCGCUCGCGCGCUUAGCCGCGGGCGGCGGAGGCGUGGUUUUGGUGGUCUCCCUGCGGAAAACGGAGGCGAAUUUGGGGAGAGAGAAGUGCUUCGACGGCUUCCUCUGGUGGAGAUUGAGCGAGAGUGCGCCGCCGGCCGGCGCGGGGGACCGGAGCUCGUCGACGCUGGGGCGGGAGGAGUCUGAUAGCAGAUCGGCGGCGGAGGCGGAGGCGGAGGAGGAAUCGGAGGAGGAGAGGGAGUCGCGGGAGGAGGUGGCGGCGGAGUCGUCGGAGGAGGAGGAGGAGGAGAGGAGAAGGGAGCGGAGCAUNGAAGAGCUCGUCGGCGGGGCAGAGGGCGGCGGAGGACUUGCGGGGGGAGAUGGAGACGGUGAACUCGAAGUCGGAGGAGGAUGA